AUGCUGAUUCUUGCAGCUCAAUUCGUCCAAAAUGUCUGGAUUGAAAGUUAUGAUCCCACGAUUGAGGAUUCCUAUCGUAAACAGAUGGAAGUAGAUGGACGACAAUGUAUACUAGAGAUCCUUGACACUGCAGGGACAGAACAAUUCACUGCUAUGAGAGAGUUAUACAUGAAGCAAGGGCAAGGCUUUUUGCUCGUAUUCUCAAUCACCAGCAUGUCAUCCUUACACGAGCUCUCAGAACUGCGGGAGCAAAUCACCCGCAUUAAAGACGACGAAAACGUCCCCAUCGUCAUCGUGGGGAAUAAAUCCGAUCUUGAGGAAGAUCGUGCAGUUCCUCGUGCUCGCGCAUUUGCACUUUCUCAGACCUGGGGGAACGCCCCUUACUAUGAGACUUCGGCUCGUAGACGAGCCAAUGUCAAUGAAGUCUUUGUUGAUCUCUGCCGGCAAAUCAUCAGAAAAGACACAGAAGGGAACGGAAAGUCUUCUGAUGCAUUAAGAACACGAGAUGGCCCGAAUCGCCAUGACCGAAAGCGCGAUAAGAAGCGUCAAACGGGACGCAGGUCACCUUGUGUGAUCCUAUAG